AUGUUGAACUCCGCUAUUGAUCCAUCUUUUCAAACAGAAGAUGAAUCCACUAAAAAUACAAGGGCCAAAGAGAAGCAGCAUAAAUCAAAGCAGAAAGUACAAAAGACGGAUGAAGAAACAGCGAAGACAGCUAGUGAGGAAAGCCAAAAUUUAAGAAAUGUUGGACUUGACCCUGAGGUCACGGUUGCAGCAAUUGCAGCAGCAGCAGCAGCAAAUGCACAUAUGAAUGAGAAAUUGGAAUCUAAAGGCGAAAAAUCAAAUUCCAAAAAUGAAUUAAGUUCGGGAUUACCUAUGGAUGCGCAAGAUAGGAGAUCUAAUGGAAAAGCAGAAGACCAAUAUAAUGACAAAUUUGAAGUCGGAGCAAAUACCACAGAUUUAGCGAUGGCAUCUCGGAUAUCCCCUCUUCUCUUGUCAAAGAAUGAGUUUGAUAAAGAUAGGAGUGGUACAUUGUCGCAAAAGACUGCAGAUAAUAAAGCUGGCUUUAUAAACAAUGGUGAAUUUGGUUCAUUUAGUACCAAUGGUGGUAAAAUGACGGCUAAUCAGGCCUUACUCGGUGUGAAAGACCGAAAGCCAACCAUGUACAACAAACCCCUCAAAAACAGUAAAAGAGCAGCUCAAAAUCGUACGGCGCAGAAAGCAUUUCGGGAGCGGAGGAAGAGGAAGAUGAAGGAUUUGGAAAUAAUAGCCUCACAGCAUGAAAAGUGUGAAAAUACAAUAGAAAAGUUGAAACAGGAAAAUUGUCACUUGAAGGAGUAUGUACAGGUUCUAGAGAGUAAAUUGGCAGAUAUAAGGGUCGCUACAUUACCAAAUUUAGAUGUGAUAAGUUCCAAACCAGUUGGAAAAGUAGUUUCCCCUAGCAGUGGAGCCCAGACUGUGAAGCAGGACAAUCGAGAGAAAAAUAUGAAGCAAAAGAGACGUUAA